AUGAAAGAACAUCUUGGAUCACUUUGUCCAUAUGAUUCAGAUUCCGAUGCCUCUGAUGAUACUGACAGUGAUUCUAGCGUUGAAAUUUCCUCCACAAUUGAUGAAACUCAAUCUAAAUUAGUUCAACUAUCAGCGGAUCUGAAUAUAGGAGCGGACAACAAAGAUGAGGAUGAUACGAAUUACCAAUGGCCUGAUCCAAGUCCAUUAUUAGAGUUAUCUUCAUCAGAAAAUGAAGAAUUAAUUGAUACUGAGCGAACAAUAUCCAGAGUUAAAUCGAAUACCAGUCCCAUCAAUCAAACAAACCAGAAGAAAAACAGAAACAUAGACAUUGGACCAAGGGGGAAAAAGCACUUGGUGAGUUUUUGA